GGCGUUUUAAUGUCGUCACUUCCGCUCUAACUGGCUCAAGAAACAGCAAUAAAGUGUUGAAACUGUGAAAACAGAUAUAUGCACAACUCCACGGUAGUCUAGGGCCACUGACACUUGAAAAAUGUUUUCUCUUUCGAUGACAGUCCAGCCCCAGGUUACUGUUCCGUUGAGCCAUCUGAUCAACGUCCUCCACUCUCUGAAGAGCUCAGUGGGGAGCUACAGCGGGGCGUCCGUCAAGCCCAGUCAACACCAGGAAAACACGAUCCAGUCAGAGCCUGUAUGGAACCUGCGGGAGUUGGGCAUCUCAGACCUUGGAGACCGACAGCUGGAUGAUCUUAUAAACAAUGUGUUACCUCGCCUCAACCAACAUGCAGAGUCCAGCGCGUCCAUCGGCCCAGCAGCUUGGCGGACCUCUCAUCUCUCCACACACUCGUUCUUCUCAAACAAGCACGGGUUUUCUGGUAUGACGACCCCCUCGGCCCCUCGUGUCUUUUGCCGGCAGCAUCCCUCCCCUCUUCAAGCUGUUUGCACAGACCUUCAGUCCUGGCCAGUUUGGAUCCAGAGCCGAGGAUUCAAAACCUUGAGAAAAACCAGAAGACUGCAGUUGUCCCUGGAUCGUCCUGCAGAGUCGGACAGCUUCACGCCGUCCUUCAUGAAGGGCUUCCUGAGCCGGGACAAGGGCCUGGAGGUGGAGACUCUAGAGGGGCUGCUGAAGACCAAGAACGUUGCCGACGGACAUCAGGAUGCCUUCAAGAGUGGCUUCGCCGAAGGCUUCAUGAAGGCCCAAGCCAUGACCCAGCGCACACAAGACUCUCUGAGGAGGACUCGUCUGAUCCUGCUCGUCCUGCUGCUGGUCGGACUGUACGGCAUCUCCAAGACCCCCUUCCUAUCGGUGCGAUUCCGAACCACAUCAGGCCUUGACUCAGCUGUGGACCCCGUGCAGAUGAAGAACGUGACCUUUGAGCACGUCAAGGGCAUCGACGAGGCCAAGAGCGAGCUGCAGGAUGUGGUGGAGUUCCUCAGGAACCCCCAGAAGUUCACCGUCCUGGGAGGGAAGCUCCCUAAAGGUCUGCUCCUGGUGGGGCCCCCAGGCACCGGGAAGACCCUGCUGGCCAGAGCCGUGGCCGGGGAGGCAGACGUCCCCUUCUACUAUGCCUCUGGCUCCGAGUUUGAUGAGAUGUUUGUUGGUGUGGGGGCGAGCCGCAUCCGCAACCUAUUCAGGGAGGCGAAGGCCAAUGCUCCGUGUGUUAUCUUCAUCGAUGAGCUGGACAGUGUCGGCGGGAAGAGGAUCGAGUCUCCCAUGCACCCCUACUCCAGACAGACCAUCAACCAGCUGCUGGCUGAGAUGGACGGGUUUAAACCAAACGAAGGCGUCAUUGUCAUCGGAGCGACAAACUUCCCAGAAGCUUUGGACAAUGCGUUGAUCCGUCCGGGCCGGUUCGACAUGCAGGUGACCGUCCCCAAACCGGACGUGAAGGGACGCACUGAGAUCCUCAACUGGUACCUCAAGAAGAUCAAAGUGGACCAGGCCAUCGAGGCCAGUAUCAUUGCCCGGGGAACCGUGGGCUUCUCUGGGGCCGACCUGGAGAACUUGGUCAACCAGGCGGCCCUGAAGGCGGCCGUGGACGGCAAGGACAUGGUCACCCUGAAGGAGCUGGAGUUCGCCAAGGACAAGAUCCUCAUGGGCCCAGAGAGGAAGAGUGCGCAGAUAGACAAGAAGAACAAGCAGAUCACAGCCUACCAUGAGUCGGGACACGCCAUUGUGGCGUACUACACCAAGGACGCCAUGCCCAUCAACAAAGCCACCAUCAUGCCCCGAGGCCCCAGCAUGGGGCAUGUGUCCAUGCUCCCGGAGGACGACCGCUGGAGCGAGACGCGGUCUCAGCUGCUGGCCCAGAUGGACGUCAGCAUGGGGGGCCGGGUGGCAGAGGAGAUCAUUUUCGGCCCAGAGUACAUCACCACCGGUGCAUCUAGUGACUUUGACAGUGCUACCAGUAUCGCCAAGAUGAUGGUCACCAGAUUUGGGAUGUGUGAAAAGUUGGGAGUUAUGACCUACAAAGACCUGACCCGGCAGAGCCCUGAGACGCAGGCGGUGGUGGAACAGGAGGUCAGGAAGCUGCUCAAGGACUCGUACGAGCGAGCCCGGGCCCUGCUCAAGUCUCACGCUAAGGAGCACAAGAACCUGGCGGACGCUCUGCUGAUGUACGAGACGCUGGACGCCAAGGAGAUCAGGCUGGUCCUGGAGGGGAAGAGCCUGGAGGUCCUGUGAGACCAGAGGGAGGGCAUGGGCGGGGCGGGGGGUUGGGUCAUGUACAGUGAGGUCAGGGAUCCACAGCUCAUGGUUUAUAUUUAUGUAUACUGUCAGUUUAGGUUUUAAUUUGUUGGUCUGGUUGGGAUGUGAUAUUGUGAGGACAUCAAAGUCAUCUAGUAAUUCCUAGCCAUCCUACGUCUGCAGUGCGAGAGACAGCGUAUCAAUAUAGAAUGUUUAGAAAAGCAACAUAAAAACGAUUUUUACAUCCAGCAAGAGAAGUCAAAUGUUUGUUUGAACUCGCGUAUGAAGAAGCCUGGCCGGUCCUGAUCUACCCGGUGAACAACACUGCAGCAUUUCAGAUCUCCCUUUGUGCAUGAGUUGAGGACAGUGUGAAUGCUCAGGUAUGUGAGGAGAUUAAUGUAUCAUUUGUACAGGAAGGGAGGGGAGGCAGUUGAUGUUCUCAGUCAUGAAUGUAAAUAAGCAAGUCCAAAUUAACUAGUCAGGAAAGCAUUGUCCUUUUUACUUUUAUUAUGUCUUUGUUGUGUUUCUGUUGGCACUAGUAGGUUGAAUCUUUCUAUUCGGUGUCCACACUGAAACGUUGACCUGAUAGUUUUCCUGUCCUCUCCUUUUACUUAAGUGUCCCCCGCAAUGACACAGACGUGCAGCAAACUGGAGAUGUGCUGGUGUUUCUAAUGGUGGCCUUGUAAGAAUUGAGUGAAGAAUACCUCUCAGCACUUUUAAGUGUGAAUGGCAAUUGCACACUUUUUAUGUAAUUAUGUAAAGGCUUGGUACUAAAGAAGUGUUUUGAUUUUUGUUUGACCGUAGAAACAGGGUGCGGAAUUAAAAAGGUGUUGUAGCUUGUCAAAACAAGUUUCUCAAAUAACAUCCAAGAAGGUCAUUCUCUUGCCCAUUUUCAAUGUUUUGUUGUGCAAACGUGCACACAUGGCUAUAAUUCUCCAAAUGUAAAGUAUCUAUAUGCUGGCUCUCAGGUACUGGGGUAGAGGACAAAUGAACAUGAGCUUUAUUUUCAUUAAACUGAGGAUUGUAACGUGAUUUAUUUUAAAGGUGACUUUUGUGGAAUCAUGUAUUUGCUUAUCAAUCAUAUUGGAAAAUAUAUAUUUUUUUGCUUAGGAGCUUAUUUACACAACCUCACAUGGUUGUUUCCAGUAACAAUUUGUCUUUUUUUGGCUCUGCUCAUGCAAUAUUUCUAUGUUUAUUGGCCUUUUACUGUCCCGUAGCUGUAAAUACAUGAUAAUGAGAUUGAAUCAUAAUUGUACAUAGAUGUAUUUUAUGCUGUACAUACAUCCAGUUUGGCCGAAAUCUGUAGACAAAAUUAGACCAGAGAUGUUAUGGCUGAGUUGGUAAAACAUUGUUGUCCAAAAUAAAAUACAUAAAAUCA